CUUCAACGUCCGCACAAAACAAACUCCAUCUCGUCCCUCACCUGUCACCGCCGUCCCACCAACCGCCGCACCACGGCCGCCGCCGCUGCAGCCAUGCACGGCCGCCGCCACCUCGCGGCCUCCCUGGCACGGGCCCUGACCCAGGACCCCUCCCGCUCCAUCUCCUCCACUCCAUCGCUCCUCCAAACCCUUGAAUCGUCCGUGCCCUCGCCUCCGUCCGCCCCUCCAUCGGCGGGGCGGCUCGCGGAGCUGCGCGCGCGGCUGCAGGCGGACGCGCCGUCGCUGGGGGACUUCACGUACUCGGUGGAGGUGGGGACGCGGAAGCGCCCGCUGCCCAAGCCCAAGUGGAUGAAGGAGACCGUGCCGGGGGGCGCCAAGUACGCGGCCAUCAAGGCCAAGCUGCGGGAGCUGAAGCUGCACACCGUCUGCGAGGAGGCGCGGUGCCCCAACCUCGGCGAGUGCUGGUCCGGCGGCGAGACCGGCACCGCCACCGCCACGAUUAUGAUCCUGGGGGACACCUGCACGCGCGGCUGCAGAUUCUGUAAUGUCAAGACAUCUCGAACUCCCCCUCCACCAGAUCCUGAUGAGCCUUCCAAUGUUGCUCAAGCUAUUGCCUCAUGGGGCCUUGAAUAUAUAGUCAUCACAAGUGUUGACCGGGACGAUUUACCUGAUCAGGGCAGUGGCCACUUUGCUGAAACAGUACAGAAGUUAAAGGCUUUGAAGCCAGAAAUGCUUAUUGAAGCACUUGUACCUGAUUUCCGUGGAGACCCAAGCUGUGUAGAGAAGGUUGCAACUUCUGGGUUGCAUGUUUUUGCACACAACAUUGAAACAGUGGAAGAGCUGCAAAGAAGUGUCCGUGACCAUCGUGCAAAUUUCAAACAAUCUAUAGAUGUUUUGAAGAUGGCAAAAGAGUAUGCUCCUCCUGGUACUCUUACAAAGACAUCAAUAAUGCUGGGUUGUGGGGAGACUCCGGAUCAGGUUAUUAGCACCAUGGAAAAAGUUCGGGCUGCUGGUGUUGAUGUUAUAACAUUUGGCCAGUACAUGAGGCCAUCAAAACGUCACAUGCCUGUUUCUGAGUAUGUCACACCUGAAGCUUUUGAGAAGUAUCGGGCCCUUGGUGUUGAAAUGGGAUUCCGUUAUGUUGCAUCUGGACCAAUGGUUCGAUCUUCAUACAAAGCUGGUGAAUUCUACAUCAAAGCUAUGAUCGAAGCUGAUCGAGCAAAAACAUCCCCUGCAGACUUGAGUUCAUAAUUGACAGUACAUCCAUCCCUUAACAUUGGUAUGCUGCAAAUAAGCUCCUCACUGUUUCCUAGCCGGAAGAACAUGUUGAUUUGUGCCACCGUUGCAAGAAUGUAUUUUUGUCAAGAGAAUAAUUGGUGCCGGUUCCUUACUUCCUUUUGUGCCAUUUCAGCAUUUCUUCAUACAUACACGCUCCGCCGUUUUCUUUGAAGAGGUGAAAACUAUUUGCUGUAACAUUAUAUUUAGACCACGGCCUCCUGUGUAUUUUGAUUGUACAGAAAGUGAAUACAGGGCUUGGGCUUGCUGUGUCA